UUGCCCAGGAGGGCCGACACAUAAAUGGCAAAAGCUGGGAGCGUGCGCGCCUUUCUCCCCAGCAUGCAGACCGACCGGAACAGGCGAGCCCCCUGCCCAAGUCUCCGGCUCCGGGAGGUGGCCUCCAUGUACUUCACCAUGGUUAUGGUUUUCCUGGUCAUCCUGGUGGUGGCUCUGCAAGGGACGGCUCCCCGGGAGAAUUAUUUCCCUUACAAGGUGCCCCUGGAUCCCCAGAGUUCUCUGGAGCUCUCGUGGAACGUCAGCUACCCGGAGCAGGUGGUGCAUUUCCAGCUCUUGGCCAAGGAGCUGAAAUUCGGGCUGCUCUUCGGGAUGUCGGACAGGGGCGAGUUUGAGAAUGCGGACCUGGCCGUGCUCUGGAGCGACGGGCACAGCUCCUAUUUCGGGGAUGCUUGGACUGAUGAGAAAGGGCAGGUUCACAUGGAUUCCCAGCAGGACUACCAGCUCCUGAAAGCACACAGAACCCCUGAGGGACUCUACCUGAUCUUCAACCGAGCCUUCAGCACCUGCGAUCCGAAGGACUACCUUAUAGAGGAUGGCACUGUGCACCUUAUCUAUGGGGUCCUUGAAAAACCAGUCCCUUCCCUCCAAGCAAUCAAUAUUUCUGCCAUCCACAAGGGGCUCCAGAGGGUCCAGCUGCUGAAGCCCAACAUCAGCACCCCUGAACUGCCGGAUGACAUGAAGACCAUGGAGAUAAGAGCUCCUGACGUGAUCAUUCCCAGCCAGGAGACUACAUAUUGGUGCUAUAUGGUGGAGCUUCCAGUCAGCUUCCCGAAACAUCACAUUGUCAUGUAUGAGCCAGUGAUCACGGCAGGUAACGAAGCGAUAGUCCACCACAUGGAAGUCUUCCAGUGUGCCGCAGAAUUUGACAGCUUUCCGCACUACAGUGGUCCCUGUGACUCCAAGAUGAAGCCGGACCGACUGAACUACUGCAGACACGUGCUUGCCGCGUGGGCCAUGGGCGCUCAGGCCUUCUACUAUCCAGAAGAAGCAGGACUUGCCUUUGGCGGUCCGGGAUCCUCCAGAUAUUUACGGCUUGAGAUUCAUUACCACAAUCCCCUGGUGUUCAAAGGUCGUCACGACUCCUCGGGGAUUCGCCUCUAUUAUACUGCCACGCUGCGACGCUACGAUGCCGGCAUUAUGGAGCUGGGCCUGGUCUACACGCCGGUGAUGGCAAUCCCACCUGGCGAAACCGGUUUCCUUCUGAAGGGGUAUUGCACAGACAAAUGCACUCAAGCGGCUCUGCCCCCGGCCGGGAUCCACAUCUUUGCCUCCCAGCUCCACACUCACCUGACGGGAAGGAAGGUGGUGACGAUCCUGUCCCGCGACGGGAGAGAAAGGGAAGUUGUGAAUGCGGAUAAUCACUACAGCCCUCACUUCCAGGAGAUCCGCAUGUUAAAGAAAAUGGUUUCUGUGUUCCCGGGCGAUGUGCUCGUCACGACCUGCACCUACAACACAGAGGACAGGAACCAAGCAACGGUGGGCGGAUUUAGCAUCAUGGAAGAGAUGUGUGUCAAUUACGUGCACUAUUACCCCCAGACGCAGCUGGAGCUAUGCAAGAGCGCUGUGGAUUCUGGCUACCUGCAAAGAUAUUUUAACCUUGUGAACAGGUUUAACGACGAGGAGAUCUGCAUGUGCCCGCAGGCUUCCGUCCCGCAGCAGUUUUCGUCCAUCCCUUGGAAUGCGUUCAACAGAGACGUUCUGAAAUCUCUCUAUGGCUUUGCUCCGAUCUCGAUGCACUGCAAUCAAUCCUCGGCUGUCCGCUUCCCGGGUGAAUGGGAGAAGCAGCCUCUGCCCAGGAUCACCAGGGUGCUCCCGAAAUCAGCCCCCCGCUGCCAGCCCGCCCGAGAGACGCCUCCCGCUGCCCCUGCUCGCGUCAACUGGGGCAGGGCAAAGGCAGAAUGAAGGCUCCGUGUCUGCCUGCCCCGCCGCGGCAACGCGCCACGCGUCGUCACCGGGACGGGAUGCGCCUCAGCCCGGGGGUGGUUUGGGAUUUGGCUCGGCUUUUGUAAUGCUGCCACGGACGCGGUGGGCACACGCCAGACCGGCUCCCCUGCCUGUUGCAUGCUCCAGCCCUUGCUCAAGGCAGCUGGGGCUCCGUGGGUGAGCUGCGUUCCCACCCUGGGGGGGCAAGGCCUGGGUGGGACACGAAGAACACCUCUCCGCACCCAUGCAGGCCCUGCUCCCGCAGGCUGGGCCCCAAUCUCUGGGACCACACCGGUGUAGAAACCAACCCCACACGAGGCUCUCCUACUGAGCCAGAACGGCCGAGGGAUUUGCAGGUCACAGCGCUGGCUGCUGUUCCAUCUAGACCCGGGGCUGCCCUGUAUUUUAUACCCUGAAGGGUGAGGCGCCCAGUUAGAUAGGUGCUAUCUAGAGGGCAGAGGGUGGGCCUGGGAAAUGUGGAGACCUAAUUCCAGCUCUAGUGCUGCCUCGCAGUGGACCCUCCACCGCUCUGCCUUAGUGUCCCCAAACACGAAUAAUCAGUCGCUCGACACUUGCCUGACAGGGGCUCGUCAGGGCUCAUUCGUUAAAGUUCCGGACGUACGCUGAAGAUGGCAAGCGCUAUUAUUAGCGGGUGAUUAGCAGUGCCAGCGCUGAGUAAGACAGGCUGCCGCCCCCGAAAUAACAACACUCCGGAUUUCCAUUGUGCUUUAUAGCCAAGCACUCAUCUCCCUUCUUCCCCCUGCCCCGCACACUCCGUCUCUGCGCUGCCCCUGGCCAGUGCUAUCUUAUCGGGAGGGAAAUUGAGGCCCAGCGAGGGAGCUGCACUGGCCAGGGGCAGGCAGAGCAGCAGCAGCAGAUGUUCCUGGCCUCCAGCCAUGCGCUGCCUCUUCCCCUCAGACCGGUUAACGACAAGCCCGCUCCUCCCCAGAAGCCGAUGGCGUGGGUGCUACAGGCUGAGCGACGCUGACUUGUCACUGACAGCUUCUCCUGACAUUUGCCGCACAGACCUGGGAAUGCCUCCCUCGCCCCCUCGCGCAGGACCAGGAAGAAGCGAUGGAUCUGAGGGAGGAUUUACAUGAGGGGGGCUUCUCUCUGGCCGGGGAGGGAGGGCAAAUCCCUUAGCCAGAGAAACGAGUCCGUUAAGGAAAUAUACAUUGGCACACACAGCGAAGCCAACCUCCUGGACCCAAGAGGAUGGGCCACAGGUUUAGCUGGGGUCAGUCAGCACCAAUAGACUGUCCACCAGCCCGUAGGCAUGCAAAUCACCAGAGGCCCCAAACAACAGAGCCUGCCCACACCCUCACAUUGUCUUUUUUGCUGUAGGAGCCUGAAGGAGAAAUCCUCAGAGAAACAGGAAGAGGCCUGGGCUAGUGAAGAGGAGACUCAUCCCUCCCUGGUCACGUCAGCACAGCCCACAUGUUUCCACCUCAAAAAUAGCUGGGCCUAGCGACAUCGCUGCGGGCUGUGGAAGUUCCACGCCCGGCACGACAUCGCUUGGUCCCCUGGGUCCCCACUUCCGCCAACCGCACUACCUCCGCUUGGCGGGACGGAUUAACUGCCUCAUGGGGAAACCACUUCUGUCCGGAAGCAUCCGCACCAUGCGUGGGCUAAUACUGGCCUGCAGGGCGGAUCCGGUCCACCAGGGUUAGUCCGCCACGGCUACAUUUACCUUCGCUUCCGCGCGUAGUGGCGAUCACAGCUCCUCUUGGUUGUGGAGCGCCGUUCCGGGCCAAUGGGAGCUGCUGGACGCGGUGACCGAUCUUCAUGACUUCCUGCUGCUCCCAUUGGCUGGGAACAGCAAUCCGUGGCCAAUGAGAGCAGAGAUGGCCGGUCCCUAUGGAGGUGUAGGUAAAUAUAGCGGUGGGGCCCGCCCACCCCCGCCAGGGAUUAACCCCGGUGAACCACUGCCUUUUUAUCAUCCACCCCGGUGGUGCAACAGAUGCCCAGCUACAGUCUUGCCAUUAUAGCCAUUCUCGGAAGGACAUGGCCUGAGGGAACAAACAGAAAUCCCUGAGCACACCAGGCCAAACUUGGAUCCAACGCGGGUGCAACAAUGGUCAUGUACGUAUCUGGGCCACAUGCAGCGGUGAGGGAAAUUGAAUGGACCUGUCCCUUGUUUACUCUUGGAUCUCUUUAUGAGAGCAGAAAAGGACCUUAACAUAUUGCUCCCUUGGCCAGAGGCUUCCUGGUGGCUUAGAGCUGGAAGAAGGUCUCUCCCUGCAGUCCCCUGCCCCCACCCCGC